UUCGGCGAUUCCCAGCAGCUGCGGCUGGUCCGUAUCCUGCGGAGCACGGUCAUGGUUCGCGUCGGUGGAGGAUGGAUGGCCCUGGAUGAAUUUUUAGUGAAGAAUGAUCCUUGCAGAGCACGAGGACGGACCAACCUUGAACUCCGCGAGAAGUUCAUCUUGCCGGAGGGGGCCUCCCAGGGAAUGACACCCUUCCGAUCGCGAGGCCGAAGAUCAAAACCGUCCUCGCGGGCAGCCUCCCCGACGCGAUCCAGUUCCAGUGCCAGCCAGAGCAACCACAGCUGUGCCUCCAUGCCGUCUUCUCCCGCAACUCCAGCCAGCGGAGCCAAGACUCCACAUCACUUCUCUCGAUGUUAUGACAAACCCUGGUUGAUAAACAGUAAAGCGGGCACCCCCCUGAGGGGAUUCGAUUAUUCCAACUUCCAGCUCUCGAGCGCCGAG